CCAAAUCCUAACAUUUCUACUUAUACAAAACCUUCAAAGGAAUGGAUUGUGUCAAUUCCACAAGAAUCUGAAAUACAACUUCAUUUUAUUGAAAACCAGAAUAAUAAUGUGACGGAUAAAUUAACUGGUGAUGCCAUUAAUAAUCUCUUUUUACUGAAACUUGGCUGGGCUUUAAAAAGUAAUCAAACAUUGGGUAGACAGGAUAUGAGAAAACGAAUGUUGUUAUGGUAUGUACAAGUUUUAAGACAUGAGGUGGCAGCCGAAAGACAAAACAUAGUUGAUAAUAACAAUAAGGAAAGAUCAGAUAACCUGGUUGACAAUCCUGAUCAAAGUGGCAACAGUAAUCAAAAUGUUCAAGAAAAUAGAUCUUCUUCCAGUAUAGAAAAGAGGUAG